UUUCUUGUCCUGAUGCUAAAGUUUGUUCCUUUACUUAGCUGCUGUAAUUCUGGAUGUGCAAACUUAGCUGCUGCAAUUCUGGAUGCGGGUUGUGGACUACUUUGGGUUUCUAUUUACUUUAUGUUUUUUUGAGGCAAAUGGGGGCAUAUGUGUUUUCUUGUUCUGAUGCUAAAGUUUGCGUCUUUUCCUUUAGUUCUUGGAACUGGACUAUUACCAACUCUGUGUCUUUAUUUACUAUUAUAAUAUAUUGCAAUAUGACUGGUUUUUUUCAAAGCAGAUGGGGUUUAGCUAUCCAUAUGACUCAUAAGACAGAUAAAAAUGAGACUGGAAAAAAUAGAAAUCAAUUUCAGACUUGGAUAAUGUCACAUUAAGAUUCCAGUCCUCACUGUAUGUCAAAUGAUGCUAUUGAUUUUUUUUAAUGUUCUUCAAUGAUAGAUUUCCUCAUGAACCUCAGAACAUGCCCACAACCAAUCGAGUAAAAGACGACGAGUCUGGUAAACCAGACAUGCAGCCAUCCAUCUCUUCUGCCAACGUUAUUACUAGAUCCCAGAACAAGCAUUCUGCUGUCACCCCAAGGCAUGAAAAACAUCACUAGUGGCAGAAUCUUGGAGGUUAUAGCUGGAGAUGGGAAAAGUGAUAAAGAUGAUUGUAGGGUCACCUCAGAGUUUAUAUAUGAUAAACGUGACAUAUCGGGGCACAUUGUGAAGCUCACUGGUUAUGGUGAGGAAGACCCAAGGAAUGCAAUGGAUAAUCAAAGGGGUGAAAUCAUUGCCAGCAACGACAAAGAAGUCAGUGACGAUGAAGAAUAUACUACGGAUAUUAUACUUCCAAAAAGUAGACACCGUGAUGGUUCCAUAUACAGACAUGAAUAGAUGGUGGAAAAUAUAUUUUCAUAUUGCUGACCGUAAUGAAACUUGGUUGGAGGCAAUGGCAUUAUCAAAUCCCCCAAACUGUUUCAUUCGAAAUGGAACUUGUGUGAAACAUUAUCCUCGUCGCAUGCUGCAAAUUUUGUCCUUGGAAUUGGAUGAAUUUCUAGUGGAUGGUGGUUUAGUAGAGUUGUAUGGAUACAUAGCAGUGCGGGAUCAACUGGAUUCAUUGCUUAAUUAUGUUGUCCAUUUUAGCCGGGAUGAUCCCAUCGUUGUGGAGCAGGGUUCUCUCAUCAACAUGACCGGCCCUAAGCGAGGGAUAGACAUGAUGGACCUUAGUCUAAUUGAAUAUGACAUGAGGAUCAAGAAAGGUGAAGAAGAAAAAAAUGACCUACAGCUGAUCGAUGGUGCAUCACUCAUAGGUUCUGAAGGCGAAUGGGAUCAGCCACUUACAAUGCGCAUCCCUGGAAAUUAUGGUGCAGUUGACAUAACUUUAUCACGUUUUAAUUCAGCAGUUGAGGCAACUGUAGAGGAUCUGAUAUCAGAAGUACAAUGCAGUUUCAAUUUGUCGCUCAGUUGUUUAACUAGUGAGCUGAGUAAGGAAAUCCGGCUCUUUCAUUGUGCCAUCGCUGGGUCACAAGGCUUACAGAGGUCUGUGGUUGCCAUACCAUCGAAUUCUUCGAUAAAUUUGAAGUUCAAAGUAGGCGCAUUGUCAUCCAGUUCGAACCAACACCACUGUUCCUUCAUGGCCAAAGUCCAUGGGCAUGAUACUCAAGAAAUAAAGACUCCUUUUGCUUCAAUCUCAGUGAAGGUGACUUGGUCGAUGUUGCCCAUUGCACUGGACUGCCUUUACUAGGCUGAUAACUUUACGUUUCUGUUACGUAAAAAGUGAGUCCAAUAGAUCGACUUUACUAAACAUAGGUGUGGUAUGCUUAGAGUCUGAACUAAUGUAAUAAGGUAGUAUUAGUACACUCCAGUACCAGUCAAUCAGUCAGUCAGUCAUAUACAUUUUAUUUUUAUCACUAGAGUUGGGUUUAAAUACGUAGGAAUUUCCCAGGCAUAUAGAGUGGCUUCCCUGCAACUUUUGUGGACAAGAAUUAGUAAAACUUGUGGCAACUUCGGUGGAUAUACAUAUGACCAUUUUCUAA